AUGCAACCAAAAAAUGCUAUACACGUUACUGGAGCUGACGGCGAACUCGGUCUUUUAAUCGUCCGAGGUCUUUUAGAAAUGCCAAACCUUCAUUCACACCUUUUAAAGGUUCCGGUUCAUGCUGGAGUACACCGUGAAACUUCGAAAUCAAUCGAGCUGGAAAAAAGAGGUGCUUUGAUCGCCGAAGUUGAUCCUGUAAAUCAACCAGAGUCCGUUAUUAGCACCUCUUUAAAUAGUGCGUCAAAAUUACUUUUAUUGAUUGACCCUUUAAGUGGUGAGAUUACACGAAAAGAUGUACUUGCUUUCGCGGAAGGAUACAUAAACGCGGCCAAGGAUGCUAAUGUAGAGCAUAUAAUUUUUCCUACUCCAUUUGCAAAGAUUGAUGCACCAUACUCUCCACCUUUGUCUCCAACCGAAGAUUCUGAACAUUAUUCAAUUCCCAUUAGAUCAUAUCGUGAUCAAUUUGAAAUAAUUGAAUCAACUUUAAGAAAUUCGUUUGAUGCUUCUCAAAUAACCAUUAUUAGAUAUCCCAGCGUGAUAAGUCAGCACUUGUUACAUUUCUCGCGAUAUAUAUGUGAAAAAUCGCAAAUACCGAUGAUUGAUAAUCCAAACAUGAUCUUUGAAUGUUGUGACAUUAGCGACAUUGUUCGUGCGCUUUGUUAUGUUCUUUAUUGUCCUGUCCAACGACAUGGUGGCAAAGAAUAUAAGAUAACAGGCCCAAACUUAUUGACAACUCAUGAAAUCGCGGUUAAAGCGUCGUUAGGUUUAGGGCGUGAAAUCAAAGUAGAAUUAAUGCCCAUCAGACAAUUACAACGGAUGUUGAUGGAUAUAACAUCUGAUAGAGAGAUAGCUGCUUACCUUUUAGAAUUAUGGGGUCUGCAAGGUUAUGUUGGUGCUUCUCGAAGAGUUCAAGUAACACGAGAUUUAGAGAUCAUUACGGGCGGUACAGGAAAGAGUCUGAGAGAAUUUUUUGAAAAUAACCGUGAAGAUUUUAUUGGAAAUUAUUAA